AACUAAACGGGGAAGGAGUGCGUACACCAGGGUAACCAAAAUAGAAGAAGACCGAAACAGCAUUUCUGCGUUGUGAUCGCAGAUUCGUUUGUGGCACCUGCUCGUUUUCUUAUCCUGCAUCGGCGGAGAAGCGACAGAGAAUCUCCAGGCUCUUAAAUCAUAUGGCAAGAUGUCAGAUAUCGGGGACUGGUUUAAAAACAUCCCUUUCAUCACUCGUUACUGGUUUGCUGGCUCAAUUGCAGUGCCGCUCAUAGGAAAGCUGGGAUUAAUCGGUCCUAUGUACCUUGUGUUAUGGCCGGAGGCAUUCUUUCAUAAAUUCCAGAUAUGGAGACCGAUAUCUGCAACGUUGUAUUUUCCAGUUGGCCCAGGGACAGGUUUUCUAUAUCUGGUUAAUUUGUAUUUCCUCUACCAGUACUCUACGAGGCUUGAAACGGGAGCUUUUGAUGGAAGACCAGCAGACUACAUGUUCAUGCUUCUAUUCAACUGGAUUUGCAUUGUUAUAACAGGCUUAAUGAUGGACAUGCAGCUCCUGAUGAUCCCUUUGAUCAUGUCUGUUCUGUACGUCUGGGCUCAGCUAAAUCGCGACAUGAUUGUAUCUUUCUGGUUCGGCACCAGAUUCAAGGCUUGUUACCUCCCUUGGGUCAUUCUGGGGUUCAACUAUAUCAUCGGUGGCUCCGUUGUCAACGAGCUGAUUGGCAACUUAGUUGGCCACCUAUACUUCUUUCUGAUGUUCAAAUACCCCAUGGAUCUGGGUGGCAGGUCCUUCCUCUCCACCCCACAGUUCCUGUACAGGAUGUUCCCAAAUCGACGAGGUGGGGUGUCUGGAUUCGGCGUUCCUCCAAGCAGGAGACCUGUGCCCCAAGAGCAGGCAGGGGGUGGAGGUGGGCGCCAUAACUGGGGUCAAGGAUUUCGGCUGGGAGACGACUGAAGCCUUGGACUCACAGAUCAAUGGAUAAAUACAGAAACUUCUAACAUCAAUGCUGCAGAAUAUAAAUUUUAUAUGUUUGGGUUUGUGUUUGUUGCAUUUCUUCUGACCCACAAGGAAAAGUGAUGAGGCUCUUUCCCAGCGUUACGUAUUUUCCUCUUACUUUCGAUGUCAUAACACACUUUUAUUGAGUUUCACAGUGUGUACAGAAACUCUGCAAAAAUAUGUGCCGUAGCAGAGUUGGUGUAAUUGUAGGAAAUUCAGGGGACUUUGAUUGUGUUUAACAUAAUAUGACUACAUCUUAUAGCAUAUUCAUGUUACCUGCUCACAGUCAAAUGUAGCUGAUUAAUUUCUCAAUGAACUGUUCAGUAGAUUGUUUGUUAGCAUGGUUGUUUAGGAAUGGUCAUGGAUUUUAAAUCAAUAUAUAUAUAUUUUUUUUUUUAUCACCUCUUUUGUCUAAAUUGAUUAGGUUAAAUUUAUUGUAAAUUUUCUUAAGCAUUUCUUAUGCUUUACAUUUGUGAAUUAACUGAAUUACCAAUCAAAAUAUGCAGAUGAAAUUGCUGUGCAUAUUUCAGUCUGUUUUAUACAUGUAUGCAUAUUUCCAUCUGUUUUAUAUGUUUAGUUGCCAGCCUUGAGUAAAGUUUAUCAAUCGAACCAUUUAAACUGCCAUGCACUUUUAACACACUACUGAUUUAUCUUAUGAUACAAACACAUGCUCUCUAACAUUUUUCUGACAACAAAAGGAAACCUGAGUUUUAUAAUUAUUUGUACACUGGAAGUUAUUUUUUAUCACUUUGAGUGCUAUUAUAUUUGAUUUGUUUCCCAACCAUUUGUGGUUAAAAAUGAUCAAAAACUAAACCUAUCUCUAUUAUGUUUCCUUAUUAUUAUUUUAAAUUAGUGCUAUUGGUUAUAUGUGUGUUGAGGGUUUAACAAAUAUUUAACCAAUGAAAUGCAUUCAAAAGAACUUGUGACUAAACCUCGUAACGCCAUUGGAUCCUCAAAUUGUCACUCAUACCUCAUAACUCCACCCCUUCAUUCAGAAUGAAGUACCGCGACGCAUAGUUUUAAUUCAGAUGUCUGCUUCGCAGUCCAAGGGGUAAAUAAAGAAUUGUUGUUCGAGUAAGUACAUUUUUUUUUUACUCAAGAAAUACUGUCUAUAAAGGCUAAUGUUUUUGUGUUUUAAGAGCGGAGAAGAGUCUUAGCAUUUGCCGUCUAGUUGUAGCAAAUAUACUUUUCUAUGUUUUAAAUAUCCUGUACAAAGCGGUUAAACUUUUAUAUCACGAAUGUUCACCAUACAUUUUGGCCUAAUGUAUUAAACAAGAAGGAAAACUGAGCGCCCAUAUAGCUACAAUAAACUUUAUAACCUGUAAAUUGAUGAAAA